AUGAACAGUAGUGAUCAGGCCGCACCAACCGUUGCGGGUGUGGAUUCGGUGGGGUUCAGAGCCGCUAUGGCUUCGGCUUCGUCUUCUUCGUCCAAACUGUGCUUCAAUUCGGACUGCAAAGAAUUGAAGGCCGAAAGACCUAAGAAAGGUUGGAGACUCCGGAGUGGAGAACUAGCUGAACUUUGUGAUCGAUGCGGGUUAUGGAUGUUCGCUGGUGGAGCUUAUUCGUUGUUUUUUCCAGUGAUGGCUUUUGAAGCAAUUAUUAUUUACAUGAAGAUUUUCAAUUUGUGUAAGGGAGGUUCUGUGAGAUUUUUCACUCAAAUGCUUCUGGUUGGAGGAGUUGUGAAACUUGUAGAAAGCAAAUCUGAAAAGUACCAGCUCAUCAAGAAACUUAGAGACCUAUCUGCCAAAGGUUGGAAUCAGUUGGCUGGAUCAGGUCCUGUACCAUGGAAGCAAGCGCCAAGUCUGUUCAAUUCUGCUUCUUCAUCUGACCUGAUCCCAGAUGUGCCUUCUUUAGCUGAAUUAUCCAAUAGCUUUGACAAAAUGUAUUGCAAUGAAAGGUUACCUGCCUCAGCCUUGGAAAAGAAAAGUGAGGAUUUUUCUGGAUUACCAGUUCAUUGGAACGUCACCAUUUGCCCACGAGAGAUGAAGCUCAUGAAUGGAAUGAGGAAUGAGGACAAAGCAAGUUCAUGUUUAACUAUGUGUCAGCAACCUCCUUCUCAGAAGGAAGAGUCAUCUCCUCAACCAUUUGGUUUGCCUGUGCCUAAUUCAUGCCAAAAUGAAAGAAAUGGUCAACUUGGGGUAACUGGAAGUCAUCCACAACAGACUCCACCACCUCCAGUAAAGCAAUUUAAUGGCACUAUGCACUUAACACCUGACUCAUCAGGUGAGGCUCAGGUUCGCAAUGGGCGGCCUCGAGCAGAUGCCCGAGGAAGAAACCAGUUACUGCCACGGUACUGGCCCCGCUGUACUGAUCUGGAACUACAACAAAUAUCCAUAGAUGCUAGUGAUGCUGGACGAAUUGGGCGUUUAGUGCUACCCAAAAAGUGUGCUGAGGUUGGUCUUGAGAUUCUUCAAGCUUCACGUGGGACAUACUUCCCACCAAUUUCUCAGCCUGAAGGAUUGCCACUUAAAAUCCUAGACGCAAAGGGAAAGGAAUGGAUAUUUCAAUUUCGCUUCUGGCCAAACAAUAACAGCAGAAUGUAUGUUUUAGAGGGUGUCACUCCAUGCAUACAGUCCAUGCAGUUACAGGCUGGUGACACUGGUAAGGCAUUGUCACGAAGCCGGUUGGAGCCUGAGGGGAGGUUGGUUAUGGGAUUUAGAAAGGCUUCAAGUGCUGUGCCAUCCGACCAGGACAAUGAAACCAACAAGACUGGAAAUGGAUUUUCUGCACAUGGUGAAGUUGAAUUGGCUGAUCCUAAUUCAUGGUCUAAAGUUGACAAGUCAGGAUACAUAGCAAAGGAAGCACUGGGGAGCAAAUCAUUAAUAUCUAGAAAACGAAAGAGCGGCAUGUUGGGCUCAAAGAGUAAACGUCUAAGAGUUGAAAAUGAGGAUUUAAUAGAGCUGAAGAUUACAUGGCAGGAAGCUCAAGGUCUGCUUCGCCCUCCUCCUAGCCUCGUUCCGAGCAUUGUUGUGAUUGAAGGUUUUGAAUUUGAGGAAUAUGAGGAAGCUCCAGUGCUUGGGAAGCCAACAAUUUUUACCAGUGAUAAUGUGGGUGAAAAGAUCCAGUGGGCUCAGUGUGAAGAUUGUCUUAAGUGGCGCAAAUUACCAGCAAGUGCACUUCUUCCAUCAAAAUGGACGUGUUCUGAUAAUUCGUGGGAUCCGGAAAGAUCUUCUUGUUCAGUUGCACAAGAGCUGACAGCAGAGCAACUUGAGAAUUUGCUACCUCCUUGUAAUUCAGCUGUUCCCAAGAAAAUGAAGGCCACCAAACAGGAUCCUGAUAAUGCUGAAGCAUUGGAGGGACUUGACACCCUCGCGAAUUUAGCUAUCCUGGGAGAGGGUGAGGCACUCCCAGCAUCCGCCCAGGCCACGACUAAACACCCACGCCACAGACCUGGCUGUUCUUGCAUUGUUUGCAUUCAACCUCCCAGUGGAAAGGGUCCCAAGCAUAAGCAGACAUGUACUUGUAAUGUAUGCUUAACAGUGAAGAGACGUUUCCGGACCCUUAUGUUACGGCGUGAGAAGAAGCAAUCAGAAAAAGAAGCUGAGACAACUCGUAAGAAGCAACAGCAACAACAUCCUCAACCAUUACCUUCGGCUGAAAUUUUGUUUGACGAGGAUUCAUUACCCUGUAGUAACACUGGUGAUAGUAGCCCGAACCAGAACAAAGAGGGUAAUGAUGGUUCUGAUGAUGAUCCUAACAGAAUAAAAUCAUCUGCUUCGCCAUUCAAAGGCCAAAUUGACCUCAAUAUCCAGCCAGAGCGUGAAGAAGAAUUAUCACCUGGUUCAGAUUCUGGUGGCAUGAUGAAGUUGCUCCAUGAUGCUACUGAGAGGUAUCUGAAGCAGCAGACCGUGAACUCCGGCACUGGAGAUUCUUCAGGCAGUCAGUCACAGCUGGUAGGAGAUGCAAUGAGGGAAGAUAAACUUAGCAAUGGUGUUACCCAUGGAAGUAGUAGUCAUAGUACUGAUAAGGAACAUGCCCAAUCUUUGUCUAUGAAUGUGUGA